ACGCAUUUCCGCUAGCGCUGUGCUCUGACUGGCCGACGGGGCACGACUUCCGGUGCGUCGCUCGGCAGCGCCAGAGGACUGAGGUAGCGGUCGGUGAAGCUCAGCGUCAUGGCGGCCCGCAGAACUGCCGUCAAGGCCAUUGACUGGGCGGCCUUCGCGGAGAGGGUGCCCGCCAACCAGCGCGCCAUGUUCAACGCCCUGAAGACCCGCAGCGACGCGCUGUCCGCCCGGUUGGCUGCACUGCCUGAGAAACCCCCUGCCAUUGAUUGGGCUCACUACAAGACUGCUGUUGCUAAAGCUGGCAUGGUGGAUGAGUUUCAGAAGAAGUUCACUGCACUGAAGGUCCCUGAACCAGUGGAUACACAAACUGCCAAAAUUGAUGCCCAAGAGCAGGAAGCUACCAAGAACAUUGUGGAGUAUGUGAAAGCUUCCAAAGCUCGUAUUGCUGAGUAUGAGCAGCAACUUCAGAAGCUCAGAAGCAUGAUUCCAUUUGAACAGAUGACUUACGAAGACUUGCAUGAAGCUUUUCCUGAAACCAGACUGGACAAGGAGAAGUAUCCAUACUGGCCACACAAACCCAUUGCUGAUCUGUAAACCGGCUAGGAAACAGUUUAUCUGAUGACUGUCAGAAUGAAUUAUCUCUUAAAUAAAAGUGUUUUCCCUCCUG